UCAAAUGGUAGUGGUUGGUGUUGUUAGUUAAUAACCUUCUUAAGUUUCCUUUAUUUUCUCUCUGGGAGUUGGGCCUCUAUUGUUUUCUCUCCCUAUCUUUCGUAAAGACUACUAGAGAUGUUAAUCUCUCUGCUUUUAUUUUUGUUGAAGAUGGUGACUUUCUGAUCUUCUGAGACGAAAACAGAAAGAGAGAGGUGGGUUUGGGGAAGGGAGAGGUAUGGGGGCUUGUGUAUCAACCCCGGAAGGAUGUGUAGGUGGUAGAUUGAGGUCUUCUAAGAAGAAGACACGCAAGAAGAGGAAAGGGAUCAGGAAAAGAGUGUCGUCUAGAUUAUCUGAUGGAUCACUGGAUGAGUUUGAUAGGCCCGCAUCUGCUGCUGCUGCUCCACCUGAUCAGCGCUCGUCCUUCUCUAACCCCACUUUUCAUGCAGCAGGAAGUAUUGAGGAGGCAUGGUUUGACUCAUUUGCAAUGUUUGAGUCUGAUUGUGAUGAAGAUUUUGAAAGUGUUUCAGAUGAUUUGUUAUCCUUAAAUGGAUUUGAAGUUAGCAGAGACACAAAUCAUGUAGACUGUACUUUAAAUGUACAACAUACCUCUUCAAGUGAUCAGAUGAAGAAGACAGGGGAUCUGUCAGCAGGAAACUCAGCUUGGAAGUCUGUGAGUGAGGCUGCUAAACAUUCAAAUGGUCAACUAGUCAGCUCAGAUUAUGCAGAUUCCCUAUCAAAAUCUGAAGGACCCUCACAACCUGUGUUCCUUGAUGAAAUUGCGUCCUCUGUGGAUGAAAAUGCUGGUAAAGGGGAAGGGUUAUUAGAUAACUGUGGAAUUCUUCCAGGCAACUGCUUGCCUUGUCUUGCUUCAACUGUUCCACCAGUUGAAAAGAGAAGAUCACUGAGCUCUAGUCCACCAAGUGCAAGGAAAAAGGCUACCUUAAAACUCUCAUUCAAAUGGAAGGAAGGACACCUUAAUAACACUCUAUUUUCUUCAAAGCCAGUUCUGCAGAGACCAAUAGCUGGUUCCCAAGUACCGUUUUGUCCAAUAGAAAAGAAAAUGCUUAAUUGUUGGUCACAUAUAGAGCCGUGCAGUUUCAAGGUUCGGGGACAGAAUUAUUUCAGGGACAGAAAGAAGGACUUUGCUUCUAAGUAUGCUGCAUAUUAUCCAUUUGGGGUUGAUGUAUUCCUAUCUCCACGAAAAAUUGAUCAUAUUGCCCAGUUUGUGGAGCUUCCUGUUAUUAACUCUUCUGGGAAACUCCCAACUAUACUUGUUGUAAAUGUUCAGAUUCCCUUGUAUACUGCCACACUUUUUCAUAGUGAAACAGAUGGAGAAGGAAUGAAUUUUGUUUUGUAUUUUAAGCUUUCUGACAGUUAUUCAAAGGAACUUCCAAUUCACUUUCAAGAAAGUAUCCGACGGUUAAUUGAUGAUGAAGUUGAAAAAGUCAAAGGGUUCCCUGUAGAUACAAUAGUACCCUUUCGUGAAAGGUUGAAGAUAUUGGGUCGAGUUGUAAAUGUAGAAGAUCUUCACUUAAGUGCUGCGGAGAGGAAGCUUAUGCAGGCUUACAAUGAAAAACCUGUUCUUUCACGACCUCAGCAUGAAUUUUACUUAGGAGAAAACUACUUUGAGAUUGACAUAGACAUGCAUAGAUUCAGUUACAUCUCUAGGAAAGGUUUUGAAGCGUUCUUAGACAGACUCAAGAUUUGUGUCCUGGAUGUUGGCCUCACCAUACAGGGGAACAAACCUGAAGAGUUACCAGAGCAGGUCUUGUGUUGUGUAAGGUUAAAUGGUAUUGACUACAUGAAUUACCACCAAUUAGGGUUAAACCAGGAGCCCUUUGAAGCUUUAAGUGCUUAAAUGAUGUAAGAACUAUAUUUAAUAAAGGCUAAUUUUCAAAGAAA